AUGACGACGUCGCCGAACAUUUUCGAUAAUACGGUCAUCCUCGACACAAUCUUCGAUUAUAUCCAUCCGAUGCAACACUUGCGACUACGGGUAAGAAGCGUUUUCGAAAAGAUCUCUGAAAGUGUUCGUCCGAUUUCAGCUCGUCAACCGGAAAUUCAACGACACUUGUCUGCGCACGAUACGAGAAGAGCACAAGCGCACAGAAAUAGUCACUUUCCUCGACAGACUCUUCUUCAACGAUUUCGGCCCGCUGACGGUGCUCCGAGUCAACGACCGUAUCGUCCAAUUCGGGAAAAUGAAGAGCUACUUCGAGUGAGUUGUUCGGUUUUUGUGCACACAACUACUCAAUCAUUCGACAGGUUUCUGAGCACAGUGGCCGGAGUCAAAGUGAGACAUUUGGAGAUGAAGGAAGGCAGAAAAUGGUCGAGGGAGGAGAGAGAGCAACUGCACGAACACAUCGUUCUCACGUUGAUCGGCGACAAUUGUGAGUGUUUUGUAUUUCGGCCCCCCGGAAGCUAUUAAGCUUGUUUAAAACAAUUUAAACGACCGCCCGGUUGUAUUUAAAGGCUCAUGCCUUUAUUAGCACGGGUCUCGCAACGAACAGGGUUUGUACACAUGAAAAAACCUCUUCCGCCGUGGUUUUUUUCCUCAUUUGAAUAGGGUUUUUUGCGUAAAAAAUCAGUAAGAUGCUCGGCUGAAUAGGUCCAUAAUUUUUGCUACUUUCUUGCGAUUUUCACUGUUAUUACUUAAGACAAAGCCGAAAUACUGGUUAACGCAGUCAGCUGCCGAUCGAAUUCGGCGGUUAUCCGAAGACAACCCGCCGAGCCGUCCAUGACGUCACACUGAGCCAAAACGGAUUGCUCGGCCGGUCAUCCGACGAUAACCCGCUUUUCCAGACCGGUCUUUGGCCCCCAGUUGCCAUGAACCAGAAAAACGUAAAUUUCGCUGGGCGAAAACGUUCUCCUUGAAAAAUUGUAACACAAAACAACGAAUUUUCAGGGAGCCAUUUGACAACGCUGAUCGGAAUCAAUGUAUUCUGCAAGAGUCGGUGUUUGGAUUGCGUGCGCAUGAUCGGAAACUGCCGCGAAUACGGUCCUCUUCAUUUAUCCGUUCUCGAUCUGCUCGACAAGCCGCGUCAUUUCGAAAAACUUAUCGUGCAUUCAGAGUAAGUGAAAGGACUUGCACAAUUUGAAAUGAUUUUAUUGAUUUUUUUUCUCAGUCUGCUCUGCGAAUUAGCCGAACGUGCGGAUCGCGCUGCCAGCAAAGAGGAGAGCUUUGAAAAUAUGCGAAAACAGAUUAAUCGGAACAUCUCAUGCGACCAUUUCGUGCUGCUUUUGGAUGAUUACGACGAGAUCCGGAACGGACACCGCCUGAAAUUCCCGCUUGAAAUUCUACUCGAAAUGAUGGGAAAAUGGCGAGUGAAAGAGGUCGCUUUCAUGAGAAGAUACGCGUAUGAAAUAAAAGAGGAAGGGCCUUGGAGUCGCUGGAUGACAUCGAAGACGUUCUUCACAAAGAUCAGCUUUGACACUGCGAUCGAUCUGAAGGAAUUCAAGAGGUACCCGCUGGAAUCGCUCACUUUCGAUAUGGUUUACGAUGAUUAUGAUCAGGCUCCGGAACUGAGUGUCAAACUCAAAAACCUGAUAAACAUGUCGAAAUGGUUGUUUCCGACGAAGAAAAGCACCUGGAUUCUGCCGAAUCUUUUGAUUCCCGCAGUAAAAGUCGGCACUUACAUGCAGAAUUAUUUGGAGACCCAAACGAAAGAAAAUGGCUGCGAGCAGACUGUUCAAAUAAUUGUCGCUCAAGCCUACUCAUCGUGGCCCGAAGACUCGAAAUUCCCCGACAUUUUCGCUUCUGGCGCGCGUCUCGUUGGUUUUGAAGCUCCCGGAGGCGCGUGGCAACUCGAAGGGGUCACUUCUGUGGAGCAACUCGGAGAGGACACAGAUGAGGGAUUGAUCGGACGGAGAUUCACAUUUUGGAAACGACUCACCAAUAAUCUCAUUCAUUUUGAUAUAUUUGUACCCAAAUUCAAGGUGACAUGUCUUUUUGGACGUUUCCAACGUACGGGUAGGCAAAUUGAUGCUGGAUUUUUAAUACAUUUCAAAGAAAUUGUUAUCUGAAUUUUUGAUUUUUGGUUUUUUUUUUUGUUUUUGUUCGAUAAUAAACGCAUUUGAACGGUUUUUUUUUUUUAAUUUUCCUCGAUAUAAUGCGGGCCCUUAUAAAGGCGCAUGUCAAUAUUUCCGACCGCGGGUCUCGCACCGAAAACCAUUUCUCGGCCGUGGAGUCCUCUCGGACAAGUAAAAUUUGCCGCGAAAACGGGUUUCCGAGUAAAAAUGGAUUUUCAAUGAUAAUUUCUGUGCAGCUUGGAACUUAUAUGAACUUGUCAAAGAAAAAAGUAUAGAAUUAUCGAUUUUCUAAAACUUUUUGCGUAUUUAUCGUGAAUUUCAUGCCAAAACCACUUGCUGAAAGAUAUGAUGCUGAGAAAUCAUGUUGGAAACUAAUUUUAUCUCAGGAUGGCAGCAGUGACGAGCAAUUUGCCAUGGGUGGAGAAGUAUCGGCCAUCGAAGCUGGACGAGUUGGUCGCUCAUGAUCAAAUCGUCAAAACUUGUGAGUUUUCCUCUUGAUUUCGAUCAGAUCUCCCCAAUUUGUCACCAUUUCAGUGACCCGCUUCAUCGAAAAUCGCACAGUGCCGCAUUUGUUGUUCUACGGACCGCCCGGAACCGGAAAAACAACGACGAUUCUGGCGGCCGCACGAAAAAUGUACUGUCCGGAGAAGUUUUCGUCGAUGGUGCUCGAGUUGAACGCUUCCGAUGAACGUGGAAUCGAUGCUGUCAGGUUUGGGAUGGAAAGUUGCGUUGAGACAAUAAAAUUUGUAAUUCAGAAACAUCAUUGUGUCAUUCGCCCAGACCAGAGGACUUCAAGCGGCUUUUGCGAAGCCCUCCAGCUCUGGAGAUGCUCCGUUCAAACUAAUUGUGCUCGACGAGGCCGACGCGAUGACAAAAGACGCUCAGAAUGCGCUGAGAAGGUGAGAAACUUCUAGAAAACUGAAAAUCAAGUCGAUUUUCUUGCAGAGUGAUCGAAAAGUACACUGACAACGUGCGCUUCUGCAUCAUCUGCAACUACCUUUCCUCGAUCACCCCGGCCAUUCAAUCCCGCUGCACACGCUUUCGAUUCCCGCCGCUCGACAUGAAAUUGGUCGUUCCGCGCCUCAAGUUCAUCGUAGAAAAGGAGCAGUUGAAAAUGAAUCCCGACGGACAGACGGCUCUCCUGGAAGUGGCGAAAGGAGACAUGCGAACACUCAUCAACACUUUGCAAGUGAGAAAUUCUAGCCUAAAUAUUCUAAUUUCACCUUUCAGAGCACGGCGAUGAGCUUCGACGACAUCACAGAAACGACGGUCUACCAAUGCAUCGGACAGCCGACGCCACGCGAAAUGAAAGAGGUCGUGAAGGCGUUGCUGAACGAGCCGGCCAAGAAGUGCAUGGAGACGAUCAAGACGAAGCUGUUCGAGAACGGAUACGCCCUCCAAGACGUCGUCACUCGUCUCCACGACAUCGCCUUUACCCUCGACAUUCCGGACGAGGUGAGAAGCUCAAAAUAGGCGCUCUGAGCACGAGGUUUGCAGGCUCUUUCGACGAUCAUCCUCGGACUGGCGGAAGUGGAGGAGAAUCUGUCGCGCGGAUGCACCAACUCGACCCAAUUGGCCGCCGUCGUCGCCUGCUUCUUCGACGCUAAAAGUCUGUGCGUCAAGAAAAUCAAUACGGAACGCAUGGAGUUCUGA